GGAUCUUUUACACAGCGGCCAUUGUGGGUCCGGCAGCGGGCUACCUUCUGGGAGGAUACUUCCUCAACAUUUACACCGAGAUCCACCUGACGACAGAGAUGACUCCAGAGAACCCUCUGUGGGUCGGAGCUUGGUGGAUUGGCUUCCUAGCAGGAGGAGCAGCGGCGCUACUGAUAGCAUUCCCCAUCCUGGGCUACCCACGACAGCUUCCAGGCUCUCAGGAGUAUGUGGCCAUGCGGGUGUCUGAAGCGCACCAGCUGAAGGAUGGAAGCCACACCACAGCCUCGGACCCUCAGUUUGGCAAAUCGGUCAAAGACAUGCCAAGGUCUGUGCUGCUCCUCUUAAAGAAUCCCACCUUCCUGUUCCUGUGCAUGGCUGGAGCCACCGAGGCCACCCUUAUUGCUGGCAUGUCCACCUUUGGCCCAAAGUUCUUAGAGUCACAGUUCAGUCUGAGUGCAUCGGAGGCUGCCACAUGGUUCG